AUGGCAGAACCAGGACCCCAAAAGCCGAUCACAUACAAAUACAGCCACCAGACUUUCGACGCGCCACAGUACGCAGCUAAGCUCUGCGAAGCCAAGCGCAGCAUCAAAGCCGCAGCGUACUGGUCCAUCUUCGACGUGUUGCUCGUAAAAGGCGUUGUGAACCUCGUCUGCACCGUUUGCAACAAGUCCUAUAGCGCGAAGAACCCGUCAGCUGUCUGCCCGGAUCACUAUGCGAAGCACCAGAAGGACGUCGCCAGCGCGGUCGGAAGCGAGCAGUCCGGGGCGCCCACAACCAACAGCACGAAGCGCUCGCGCGCGGAGGAGGGGCCAGUUCGGACCUUCUCUUUUUACACCCCGUGGCGCCAUCCGACACGCGUCUGUAGAGCGCCCAUAGGGGUUCGCCGUGUUCCCAGUGUCGAGCGGCCCAAAAAAUUAUUGGAAAAUCCAGGAAAAGAUAAAGCCGCAUCGUGUGCAAAAUUUCAGAUCAAAAUUCCACCGUUUAGGCAGUUUUCCGUUUGGCCAUCUAAAGAUUUACCUAAUUAG